AUGCCGGGCUGUACAUCUCCCAAAUCCUCAUCGCCCUGGCCUCUUCUCCCAUAUCCUGACCGGAAGCGAAACGCCUUCAAGCUGGUGGGGUACUCCCUCGGCGGGGGCAUCGCCACCCACUUUGCGGUUUCGUUCCCUGAUUUGGUGAGGGAUCUGGUGCUGCUUGCCCCCGGCGGGGAUGAUUCGCCCGCAUCGUUUGGGACGUUGACGAGAAAGGUUUUCACUAGUGGCGUUGUGCCGAGGGGGUUGCUGCAUUUGGCUACGAGGAGGAGGUUACAGGAGGCCGAUUCGGUCGAGCACGAAACGGGGAAGGUGACGGCCAGGUUGCAGGAGCGGCAGGAUCCUGCGUCGAGGCUGGUGGAGGCGGAGACGGCGGAUGAUGUUGGGGCUGAUGGGGAGCCGAGGACGGGGUUGGAGAGGAGGGUGUUGAGGCAGGUGCAGCAGCAGUUGGUGGUUCACGAGGGGUUUGUGGAUGCUUUUAUGGGUUGUUUGAAGGAUGGGCCGUUGAUGGGGCAGGAGGGGGCUUAUAAGAGAUUGGCUUUGAGGGGGGGGGAUGAGGGGAAGACGACGGCGAUCAUACUGGGAGAGGAGGACGAGCUGGUCAAUCCGGGGAGUAUGAGGAGGAUUUGA